AUGGCCCUCCCCGGCCUCGACGUAACCGACUCAAUUGACUCCUCUACAAUCCUAACUCGGGAACUAAAACCAAACCAAGAAUUCCGCUUCGAAGUCGCUCCGAACACCAGCAUCACCAUCCGACUAACCGCCGGAACAGCAGGUACCGCCGAACUCUUUGGUACCGAAUUAUCAAAGGGUCUUCCGUAUACCUUCACCUGUUGCAAAUCCGCCAUUUACACAUGGACGGGAUGUUCCCUCUCCAUCGAAGGGUCUCCCUCGGUGGAGUAUAUCGCUGAAGAAACCCCCAUGACGACAUAUCUAAACCUCCAUAUCGCACUCGAAAAGCUACGUGUGGCAGCCAGCGACUGUCCUCCUACCACCGAAGGUGCUCAGGGGCCCAGAAUCCUACUGAUAGGACCACCGGAUGUGGGCAAAACGACAGUGGCGAAGAUCCUUACGGGGUAUUCGAUACGACAGGGGAGGAAGCCUAUGGUUAUCAACCUUGAUACGGGCGGAGAAGGGGUUUUGUCUGUUCCUGGGACGAUUACGGCGGCUAGUUUUGGAAGUGUGAUGGAUGUUGAGGAUGGGUUUGGGAAUAGUCCUAUGAGUGCUCCGUCUGCUAUUCCUGUGAAGUUGCCGUUGGUGUAUUAUUAUGGAUUGGAGACGCCGGAGGGUGGGGUUAGGAGAUAUAAACGGUUGAUUUCGAGGAUGGCGGUGGCGGUUAAUAGCCGCUUGGAGGAAGAUAUUGAGUCUAAAAACACUGGCUUAAUAAUCGACACCCCGUCCUUCGACAACCAAACAAACGGCGAUCUAAUCUCCUACAUUGUCGCCGAAUUCUCCAUCACCACAAUCGCGAUCUUAGGUUCCGAACGUCUCUACAACACCAUGUUAAAGUCAUUCUCCGCCUCAACCAACAUCAAUGUCAUCAAACUCCCCACCUCAGGUGGCUGCGUCGACCGUGACGUCCCUUACAAAAAAUCCCUUCGAGACGCAACAGUGAAAAAAUACUUCUUCGGUGAUGAUAAAUGUACAUUAAGUCCUUACACCGUUAGUAUCGAACUAGAUUCUCCCGGGUUUUCGUUAUGGGAGACGGUAGACUCGUCUUCCGAUAAGAAGAAUAUUUCUUUCUUACCGAUUGGAGAGGAUGAGAGUAGUUUACAGACCGGGGAGGAUGAUGUGGUUAGGAAGUUGGCGCCGGGGGAUGUGGAUAGUAGGUUUGAAAACUUGGUGGUGGCGGUUUUGCAGGUUGAUGCUAAGGAUGCUGGGGCUAAAGAGGUGGCUGAGAGUGCGGUUUUGGGGUUCUUGUUUGUACAGGAGAUUGAUGAGAAGGAGAGGAGGAUGAAGGUUUUGAGCCCUGUGCCUGGGAGGGUGCCGUCGAAGGCUUUGUUGGUUGGGAAGUGGCCGGAUGGGAUGUUUUUGACUUGA